AUGACUGAUCAGAACAAGUAUAACAGCAAGCUGCAGGGCCAGCGUGUGCUCAUCAUUGGAGGUAGCGCAGGUAUUGGCUAUGGAGUUGCCGAAGCAUCAUUGGAGAACGGAGCUCAUGUCAUCAUCUCUUCUUCAAACGAAUCCAGAGGCUACGCAGCCAACAUGGGCGAUCAAGCGAGCCUUGAGUCCAAUGUCGAGCAGCUCUUCAAGAAGGCUGGCUCGCUCAACCAUGUCAUCUUCACAGCUGGAGACUCUUUGGCAAUGAUGCCGCUUGAGGAAGCUACCGUGGACAAGACUAUCCAGGCAGGUAUGGUCAGAUACUUCGCCCCUCUGAUGGUCGCCAAGCAUGCUGCAAAGGUGCUUGACAAGAGCACAACCUCGUCCAUUACCUUUACCACUGGCAGUGUCAGCGAGAAGCCAAUCCCCAACUGGAGCGUCAUCAAUGGUUUCGCCACUGCCCUUCAAGGCACUACAAGAGGUCUAGCAUUGGAUCUCAAGCCCAUCCGUGUCAACUUGGAACACAGAAAGCAGAUGUUCCAAGAGUUUGCGAACAAGAUGGCAACAGGCACGAUUGGUCAAGUCGAGGACGUGGCCGAGGCAUUCCUGUACGCAAUGAAAGACAAGAACUUGACAGGAAGUAUGAUCAGUACAAACGGAGGCGCCCUGAUUAUGUAA